AUGACCGCCGCAGCUCCGAUCAACGACCUCCCCGAGGCGAUUCUCACCACCAUCAUCGCCUUGCUCUCCGACACCCGCACCCGCAACUCCGUCGCCCUCGUCUCCCGCAAAUUCCGCACACUCGAGAGGACCACGCGCACCUCCCUCACGCUCCGCGGCAACGCGCGCGACCUCCACCUGAUCCCGACCUGCUUCUCCUCCGUCACCGACCUCGACCUCUCCCUCCUCUCCCCCUGGGGCCACGCGCUGCUCUCCCCCUCCGCCUCCUCCACCGACCCCGCCCUCCUCGCCCACCGCCUCCGCCUCGCCUUCCCCUCCGUCACUUCCCUCACCGUCUACUCCCGAUCCUCCUCCACCGUCGAGAUCGUCGCCAGUCUCUGGCCGCGUUUGCGCCGCGUCAAGCUCGUCCGGUGGCACCAGCGCCCGCAGUCGAAUCUCGGCGCCGACUUCGAUCCUCUCUUCCAGCAGUGCCACGCUCUCUCCGAUUUGGACUUGUCGGAAUUCUACUACUGGACCGAGGACCUCCCUCCGAUUCUGGAAGCCCAUCCCAACGUGGCCAGGUCACUCACUAAGCUCAAUCUCCUGACGGCGUCGUUUACCGAGGGUUUCAGAGCCACCGAGAUCAGAUCGAUCACCGUGGCGUGCCCCAAGCUUCAGCAGCUCUUCGUUGCUUGUAUGUUCGAUCCCAGAUACAUGGGGUUCGUCGGGGAGGAGGCUCUUCUGUCCAUCUCCACCAAUUGUCCGGAGCUCAGAGUCGUCCACCUCAUCGACACGUCGUCGUUGUUGAACGCGCGCGGCGAUCCAAACGACGACGGUUUCACAUUGGAAGACGCUCAGAUUGGGCGCGCGGCUUUGGUGGACUUCUUCUCCGGGCUUCCGUUGCUGGAGGAGCUGGUGCUUGAUGUGUGCAAGAAUGUUAGAGAUAGUGGACUAGCCUUGGAGGUUCUUGCUUCCAAGUGUCCGAGACUGAGAGCUCUCAAGCUUGGGCAGUUCCAUGGGCUGUGCUCGGCGAUUGGGUCCCGGCUCGACGGCAUUGCUCUUUGUCAUGGGCUGGAGUCGCUGUCUAUUAAGAACUGUGGCGAUUUGACGGAUAUGGGAUUGAUCGAAAUUGCGAGAGGAUGUUGUAAGCUUGCCAAGUUUGAGGUGUAUGGAUGCAAGAAGAUUACAGUGAAAGGGUUGAGGACGCUGGCUUCUUUGUUGUGGAAGACGUUGGUUGACGUGAGCAUAUCUUGCUGUAAGAACCUGGAUGCUGCGGCGUCAGUGCGUGCUCUGGAGCCAAUUCGCGAUCGGAUUCAACGUCUUCACAUAGAUUGUGUCUGGCAGCGGGAGAUUCCGCAGGAUUUUGAUCUCAAUCAGGUCAAUGAUUAUGAUGUUGGUGAUAAUGAUGGUGUUGCAAGGAUCAGCAAGAAGUGCAAGUAUGGAUCAGAUGGGGACUGUUCCUAUAUGCCAACCAAUGGCUAUGCAAAUGGGAAUGGCCAUGGUAAUGGAAAUGGGUUUUGGGGUGAUGAGACUUGGGAAAGGCUGCACUACCUUUCACUUUGGAUUGAGGUGGGUGACUUGCUGACAUCAUUGCCAGAGGUGGGUCUAGACGAUUGUCCCAAUUUGGAGGAGGUUCAGAUCCGGGUAGAAGGCGAUUGCAGGGGAAGGCACAAGCCCACACAGCGAGAAUUUGGGUUGAGCUGCCUAGCCCGUUAUCCUCAGCUGUCGAAGAUGAAGCUGGACUGCGGUGAUACUGUGGGAUUUGCACUGACUGCUCCCCCAGGGCAGAUGGACUUGUCGCUUUGGGAGAGGUUCUUUCUCAGUGGAAUUGGGAACUUGAGUCUCAGCGAACUUGAUUAUUGGCCGCCUCAAGACAGGGAUGUGAACCAGAGGAGUCUCUGGCUCCCAGCUGCUGGGUUGUUGGCAGAAUGCAUCACCCUGCGGAAGCUUUUCAUCCAUGGGACUGCUCACGAACAUUUCAUGAUGUUCCUUGUGAGACCAGAUCUCAACCUCAGCUUAAGGGAUGUUCAGCUGCGAGAGGAUUACUACCCAGCACCUGAAAAUGAAAUGAGUACAGAAAUGAGGGUGGACUCGUGCUGUCGCUUUGAGGAUGCACUCAACAGGCGUCCAAUCCUUGAUUGAAAGUGGAACUACUGAAGAGUUGUUGUAUGAAAUCAUAGGCAGUCAGGUUAUGUUAGUAAUUGAGAAAUGUAAGAGGUUCUGAACGAGUUCAUUCCUCGUUUUAUCAUUUCCGUUUUUCCAAUAAAUAAAAUCUACUUUUUCUUUCCAUGAGAA